AUGGUGGACACGCCGGACACAAUUGUGAAGAAAGUGCUGACCGAGCUGGCCACAAAUGACUUCGAGGGCAUCAACGCCAAGGAGUUUUGGGCCUCUGUGGAGUCGGCAUGUGGAAAGCUCGACGAGUUCACCAAGACCGUGGUGUGGAACUGGCUCAUCGAGAAGCCAGACUUUGAGGUCUGGAGGAAAGUGGAGGACGGACAGGACGAAGGUUCGGGCUCCGGUGGCAAAAAAUCAGAGAAACCGUCGAUGACACUGGAGGAGAAGGACCAGUUGCCAGAUUACGAAACGUUUUUUGACGACGUGAACAUAAACGAUUACAUGAUCAAAGUGAGCGAAGACUUCCAGUCAUUGUACUUGACCGGUGUGCAGCAGAAAGACAAUAUCUUGGGCAAGAUGCCCUACGAUUUGUUGAGAAUCAUUGCCAAGCACAAGGAGGCCGGAAUCAACUCGCUAGACCUCAUUCAGGAGUCCGGGCAGGACAAGCGCUCGUUGACAACUCGGUUGGGCGUAUUGGAGGACAAUCUGUUGAUUACAAAGUUUUCUAUCUCCGUGAAGAAAUGCAUAACCAACCACAUGAUCCACUUCAGGUUUGCUGUCAAAGACACCAAGACCGAGGAUGUCGCACCCGAGUAUUACGAUCGAUACCAAGCGAUGAGCCAGAUCAUUGAUGCCCUCAAGAAGGAGGAGAACAAGCUCAGGUUGACGAAAGACUUGUUUGAAGAAAUCAAGGAAAGCCAGCCGAUUUUGAAACUACGUUGGUUCAACAAGAUCUUGAAGUUCUUAGUGGACAACGGGUUCAUCGAGAUGAUUCAAGUGGAGUACACUUCUCGUCAGAGAUAUUUUCCUGGUGUCCGGUACUUGAAGGACUUGCCUCCUGCCAACAAAAAGACGAAGCUACUUGAGAAGAUCAGAGAGCAGAGCUUAAAUGAAAAGUCUCAGCGAGACGAGAAUGAUAUAGGGGGUUUGGAUGACAGCGAAGAAACUAUAGAUCAGCCAAACUUUAACAGAUACUUCCCAUUAACGUCGCAGAUUCACAGCCUGGUUUUGAAGAAUCCUGGAAUAAUGAAUGCAAAAUUCGACUCGGAAUUGACCGGUACCUAUCAUACGAGACAGAUAUCCAACAUAGUGGAAGGAAUCUCCACGAAUAUUCCAAAUCCUGCUAAUGUCAACGCAAUAGUUGGCCAGAUCUUUCAAAUUGGUAAGACAAAGUUUUACAGAUUCACCACGCAAAAUGUGUUGAACCGGAGAGAUCCUAACUACAAGUAUGUGGCCCCGAUAGAAGGUGAAAUAGCUCCAGCUUCACAAACAUCACUUUUUGAAGAAUCAGUGAAGUACGGAAGCUCAUAUACCAUCGACAGGCGCUUCAAAAUUAUCUCAGUACCGGUCUCGGGACAAGAGGGCCAGACAAAAUAUUAUUUUAUCUCUAAAAGUUAUAGCGGAGCACUAGGAUCGAAGUUAGCUGCCCAGGUUCCAACCCGUUUUGCUCUUCAAGGAAGCUAUGAAUCACAGAACGGGUGGAUCAAAGUUGACACAAAAACUAAAAAAGUUGUGAAAGACAUACCUUCUUAUAAAAAAGUUGUGGAGAGCGGAAAUAAAAAUAUAGCUAAAUUUAACAAAGGAAUUAAAGACCUUCAGUCCCAAUUGAAAAACAGCAGUGGAGCUAAUGAGAACGGAAACAAUCGAGAUGAGAAGGCGGACGAUAUUUCUGUAAAUGGUGCAUCCGAUGUUGCUGGACCGGAAGAAAGCGUUUUCAAUGAUAAAACAGCUCCAAAAGAUGCGGAGCAACCUUCAAUGGAUUACGGGCCAGAGUUCAGAAGAGCCAGAUUGAGAGAAUUGACCGAUGAAAACAGAUGUAUCUGUAUCAAUAGUGAGUUCUGUGCCAAAAUAUCUCGCUUAAUGAAGGUUGGAUAUUUGAUUGAUCGCCGGACAUUGAUCAGAGAUGCAAUAAGCUUAGCUGCAAAGAAACUGGUUGAGGCUGAAAAGCUGGAAAAUGGUAAGUUUGUUGUCAAGUCGAUAAAAAAUCCUCCAACAGAAGAACUCAUCAACGAAUGCAUUGUAGACGUUAUCAAGACAUCAACCAGAAAGUUUAGUGCACAAGUUCAGUUUCAAAACCUUCCUGUUCGGAAUGAAGGUACUCUAAUUAGGGGUUGGAAGUUUGCUGACAAGGAGAUGCGCCUACAGAAUGCAAUGAAAUCUGUUAAAAGUUCCUCCGCCGGUGGGAAUCGCCGUAAGAGAGUUAAGAUUAUUAAUAAUGGUGUUGAGGAGCAGAGUGAAGAAGAUGAUGAUGAUGGAACAGAAAAUGGUAACGGAAUCAAAAGUGAGGCAGUGGAUACUGGCCGCGGAUCAGUAUCUAAUGCUAAAGAAGAUGAUGUUCUCGAACCAUUAAUGGAUGAUAGAAAGCGUAAGAAGUUUAAAGUUGCCAACAAAUCGCAAGCUAGGGUUGUCAAAACAUUCAAGAAGAUACGUACGUCUGUCAAAGUCACCAAUGACCAUGUGCUGAUAUUGAUCAAAGCCAUUGUUAUCACACAAUCACUUUCUGUAGGUGGAAAUAUUGAUUGGCCAACGGUUGCAAAAGUCUUAGAUGACAUUUAUGGUGUUGAGAUGCUAAGGAGACAAUGGCCAAGACAUCGGAAGAUGUUAGGACAAAGGAAUUUGAUGCAAGCAAAAAAGAAUUGGGAAGCAGCUUUGUUAGAUGCUGUCUCGAACGGUAUUGUUACUGCUGCUGAUUUGGAAAACUAUGAUAUAUUCAAAAUGUUAGAUGUCUGGAAAAGUCAAGGAGCGGAUAUAUUCAUCAAUAAAACUGAAAACGAAAUUUUGAGCAACUACGAAGAUAAUUUCAAAACUCAGGUAUUUAAGCCUUUGAAAGAUGAGUCUGGACAGGAGGUUUUUAGAGAAUCUACUUCCAUGAUUGAGAAGGAACAUGUUUGGACAAGCAGGAACUUCAUGUACCCUGUUGAUCAAACUGAACAUUUGGAGCUCAUGAAUGAGUGUGAGAACCCAUCGGCUUUGCAGAUUGCAAAAACCAAACUAAAAGCAUUGUUUGCUACAAAGGUAGAAAAGUUUAGCUCCAACAAAGUUCGUGAUUUAUUUGCUGACAUUCCAAAGGAGUUGUAUUCGAAGGCCUUGACAGAGCUUGAAAAUCAAAAGGCAAUUGCAUUUCUUGGUGAGGACUCUAAAAUUAAGUUUACUCUCACUGAUCGUCUAAUGCUAACAUUGGAUUGUAAAUUGGAUGACGAUUUUGCUAACGAUGCCCACAAAAUGUGCGAUAUUCUUGAUGAAAUUGACACUUCUCACAAUGGUAUAUUACUGUCUACAAGAUGUCCAAGUGGGUGUUAUGCACCACUUCUCACGCUCCUCAGUGGUAACCAUAUUGUUGUAACAAGAGUGGAUCAAGAGAUGGAUUCACCUAAUACGUAUUAUACAAAGUCGUUAGACAGAGGGAAGCUAGAAUCCGAUUUUUUGAUUUCACAUUAUAAGAAGGAGCGUGUAAUGCUUGCGAAACGAGUACCUGUACCUCUUGGUGCUCCAUGUUCACUGUUGUGGGUCGAUUUGGAAGGUGAUUUCAAUGAAAAGUUGUGGCAUAAAUGCGUCUACGUGUUAAUUUGGAGCAUAGUAUUCCAUCCUGGUACUCCAUUUGAUACGUUGUGUGCAAGAAUUGAUCCGUUACUAGAGCCAUUUGAGGUGAAAAGGAUACUUGAUUGGAUGGUUAUGCGGGGAAACGUUGUUACAGGGCAGUUUGGUGGGUACUGGCCAACAGAAUGUUGGUACGAUAUCAAGUAA